CCCUCUGUCUGCUCGGUAUAAAACGGUGAAAGUUCCUCAUAUCUUUAGAAUUACUUCUCCAAGCCGACAGACAGAAUGUAUACAGCCUUGGUUUUCGCCGCCCUCGUCACUUUGGCUUGUGGCCAAGUUACGAUUGACUUUAAACCCUACGAUAAAACAGCGGCGAGCAUGUUUAAAGCAGAAGACCACAAUGGAGAUGGUGUCUUGUCGAGGAAUGAAACCGUGGGCAGUUUUGUCAAGUUUGACUUUAACGGAGAUGGAAGAAUCGAAAGACUGGAGUACGCAUGCUACCAAUACAACGUCCAUCCGGCUCUGGGAAAUUUUGCGCAUGCUCUCUUCGACGAGUACGACACUGACGACGAUCACCAUUUGAACACGCAUGACCUUGAGAGUUUGUCCUAUAGAAUGGACACAAACAAUGAUGGUAAUGUGGUUGAAAGUGAAUUUGUGGCGUUUUGGGUACAGCUCUUCAAGAAAUACGAAAAUUAUCACAUCCACGGUGCCCAUCACCCGAAACACGAACCUAAAGCCUGUCAACACAUCCACGGUGGGCUCAUCGGCUAACAACGUUCCUUGUCAGUUCAUAAAUUAGCCUAUAGCAAUUGCAAUUUUACCCACAAAGUGGCAUAUGUUUUAUCGAAGCGAGAAUGGAUGAGUAAAUUUUGUGACUGUGGAUUCUGAUGUGGGAUACUAUCAAGACGGUGGAAUCCU